CUCCGAGCCGGCCCCAGGCCCUGGCGCCCCGAGCAGGCCGCGAGAGCCGGCCUUCUGUGCCCCUCCCCCUGCCCUGAGGGGCAGCGCCGGGAGGCCGCGGCGGAGGCGGGUCCGGCGGGCCCGGGCCACCGGAGUCCCCCUCGCUCGUACGGAGCGGCCGUCCUGGAGGCCCGGCGUGGCCCCGGGAGGCCGGAGGAGGCGGUCGGCUUUCCUCUUUAAUUACUUACACCUCCCUCUGGGCGCCGACAUUUUGGGCAGCGGGGGCAGCGUCACUUCCACCCGGGGGGCCCCUCGACUUCCGCCUCGCUCCCGGCCCCCUCACCCCCCUUUCCCGCCCUCUCGGCUCCCCCUCGCACCCCCGCCCUUCUCCCUCUUUCCCUUCCUUUCCCCAGCCCGGGAGGUUAGGGAAGCCGGGCGGCCGCCAUCUUAGCCAGCUCCAGUGCCUAGACCCAAGCCCCCCACUGCUCCAUGGACACCCCCAGCCCAGACCCGUUGCCUUCGCCUUUGCCUGGAGAGGAAGACAAACCUCUGGCCUUACCUCCUCCUGUCCCCCCGGGCCGCCGAGGCCGCCAACCUGGGGGCGGCGCCGCCUCCCACCGGACGCUCAAGGCCUCCCUCCCCCGUAGACGGGGCCGCCGCCCCAAGUCAGGGGCGGAUCCGCCGCCGCCGCGGGCGCAGGGGGCCACGGCCCCCGCGGGCAGCGGCGCAGGCAGCGACCUGCUGCUCAUCGACGACCAGGGAGUGCCCUAUACGGUCUCUGAGGGGUCGGCGGCCGCGGGUCCCGAGGGCUCCGGCCCCAGGAAGGCCCCGCACUUCUGCCCGGUGUGCCUGCGGGCCUUCCCCUACCUCUCCGACCUGGAGCGCCACAGCAUCUCGCACUCGGAGCUGAAGCCGCACGCGUGCAAGGACUGCGGGAAGACCUUCAAGCGGUCCAGCCACCUGCGGCGGCACUGCAACAUCCACGCCGGCCUGCGGCCCUUCCGCUGCCCGCUCUGCCCACGCCGCUUCCGCGAGGCGGGCGAGCUGGCGCACCACCACCGCGUGCACUCCGGGGAGCGCCCCUACCAGUGCCCCAUCUGCCGCCUGCGCUUCACCGAGGCCAACACGCUGCGGCGCCAUGCCAAGCGCAAGCACCCCGAAGGCUUGGCGGUGCCCCUGUGCCCGCCGGACCCCGGGCCCGAGGCGCCGUGGGACGACGAGGGCAUCCCGGCCACCGCAGGGGCCGAGGAGGAGGAGGAGGGCGGGCGGGAGCCGGCCUGACCCGCACCCCCGGCCCUCUCUCCCCGGGCCAGGUUUAGAGCUGGGAGUCCAGAUGGUGCUGGGCCUGGGCGAGGGGGCCGGGACCCCCUUCUGUUCCGUCUUCCCGCUGCGGGAGGGGGCGGACGGUGGGGACCUCAACUCGUGGAUCCUGCUGCCUUCAGCCGCGCUGCCCCCCGACGGACAGGCCCUCGGAGGCAGGGGCCGCAGAAAUAAUCGUGCCUACUGGCUUCUGUGUGUGUGCGCUGAUGGCCACCUCUCCGGGAGGACCCUCUUGCUCCGUGCCUCGUGUUAGCGUGACGCCAAAGAGGGGGGCGGGGGAAGCCUCGGCUCCUCCCCCCUGCCCCCGCGGGACCCCAACGUGCUCCCAAUAAAUAUGCAAUCUGAGUGAA